CCUCCAAGCGACUCAUCCUCCUCAAACAACUCAAACGGCGGCUCGUCAUCUUCAGGAAACUCAAACAGCUCAUCCCCGCCUUCCAACAACAACUCAGACAAGUCCUCCGGCGGCAACUCUUCCAACAACUCUAACAACUCAGGUGGCUCCUCCUCCAACAAUUCGAAUAACUCAAACAACAAAUCAGACAACUCGAACAAUUCGAAUAACUCAUCGCCUCCCAGCAACAACUCGAACAACUCACCGCCUUCCAACGACAAUUCCAACAACAACAACUCCAACAAUUCCAACAACAACUCCAACAAUUCCAACAACAACUCAAAUGACUCAAACAACCAAAACCAAAAGUCCCCUUCACAGUCCAAUUCUCAAAAGAGUCCUCCAUCGUCCUCUAACAAUAACAAUAAUGGAGGGAAUCAUAACAACAACGGAAACAGCAACAACAACCAAAACAACCAAAACAACCAAAACAACAACAACAACCAAAACAACCAUAAUAAUAACAACAACCAUAAUAAUAACAACAAAUCAUCCAAUGGGAACAAUUGGUCACCAAAAUCGUCCAAUAAUUGGUCACCCCCAGCCAUAUCAGGCAAGUCCCAUCCAUCACUUGAUAAUGAUGGGUCGCCGCCGCCUUCGCACUCGAGUUCGAGCUCCACACCCAUCAUCGUAGGAGUUGUAGCUGCGGCAGGGGUUUUGUUGCUUGUCAUGGUGUUGUUCUUCUUGGCGUGCACUAAGAGGAGGAAGAAGAGACAGACUUCUUCUCACCUCAUGGAGAACCCUGAGCCGUAUAAUCCAAAUGGAAGUAACUAUUGGCAAAGCACUGGACCUAAAAGUACUGAGCACAUUAUGAACAUGCCUCCUUCUGGCCGCGCACCCAAUGGAGGUUGGACUACAGCUCCACCACCACCCAUGAUGAGCAGCGAAAUGAGUUCCUCCAACUUCUCCGGUCCACAUGGUCCCCCCUUGCCGCCGCCACACCCUAAUGUGGCUCUCGGGUUCAACAAGAGCACUUUCACCUUUGAUGAAAUGGCGGCUGCAACAUCAGGGUUUGCGCCAGCUAAGCUAAUAGGCCAAGGUGGUUUCGGGUACGUGCACAAAGGGGUGUUGCCAAACGGCAAGGAAAUCGCUGUGAAGAGCCUCAAAGCGGGUAGCGGACAAGGCGACCGUGAAUUUGCAGCCGAGGUUGAGAUCAUUAGUCGUGUUCAUCAUCGCCACCUUGUGUCACUUGUGGGGUACUGCCUUGAAGGAGAACGAAAGCUGUUGGUGUAUGAAUUUGUUCCUAACAACAACCUCGAAUUCCACCUUCACGGAUCAAAUCGGCCACCCUUGGAAUGGGGCAGCAGGGCCAAAAUUGCGUUGGGAUCGGCUAAAGGGCUUGCUUACUUGCACGAAGACUGUCACCCCAAGAUUAUCCACCGCGACAUUAAGGCUGCAAAUAUUCUGAUUGACUUUAGUUUCGAAGCUAAGGUGGCAGAU